ACCGUAAAAAAUAGAAACUUCCAAGAUGGCCGAGUCCGUGGACUCCAUGCAUUUCGCAGCAAACAGCAAAACAAAUUCCCCUAAACCCUUGACAGCUAAACGGCUACCGGAGAGUCGUCCACAGUCUUCCAGCGAAAUUUGCCCUCCGCCUCCUAAGAAGGUCCGGAUAGAGGAGAAGAGCCUGAAGCACAGGAAACUGAACGGAGAGUGUGCGCAGGGGAAAAAACACAACGGGAAGCAGAGUUGUGGGAGCCCAGCGAAAUGGAGUUUCGGCCCGGCCAAGGCGAGUCACUCCUCCGCCGCCGCGGUGCCACAAGCUCCCGCUCGGAAAAUCUUUAAAAUCAGCAACUUCCUCGCCUCGCCUCCCAAAGUGAAAAAGGCUAAAGAGAAACGACACAAGGAAAAGGAGAAAAGCAGUGAAGCGCAGCGGAGUUCGGCCGUUGGUGUGGAGAAAGUCAGCCCCGCUAGCUGCCAUACAAAGACGGAGAACGGCGACGUGAAAAUGCUACAGAGAGAUCAUCGUGUUAAAGAAAAAGAAAGAGAGAGGAAAAAAGAAAAGAAUAAAGAAUGGAAAAAUCACAAAAUGCCACCUGCACAUGACAUUGGACGAGAAAACGGAGAGGUGAUUUCUCCUCAGAAAGAGUUGAAGGAGAAGCCCAAAGCUGGUUCAGAAGAAGACCUCCUAUUGAAGAAGCUCAAAAAGAAGAAGAAAAAGAAGCACAAAGAUGGGGAGCGAGUGAAAGAGAGACACAGCCGACCCAAAAUGUAUCACCGCUCAUGUCAGACCAUAUGUUCAGGGGUGUCUAUGGCUCUGCCCGAGUUCUUAGGUCGAAUAAAUGGGAACAACAACAACAACAUCAGCAGCAGCAGUGGUCUGCUUCAUGCCUCUGCAUCCCAACACCACCAGGAUCCCUCUGUUACUGCCACUACCUCCACUUCCAUCCCCUCCAUUGUCAGGGACAGGCUGGGCUACAACUCCCCGCUCCACUGCACCUCAGUGCCAGGUCUGCCUGGUCUGGAAUUUGGCCAUCUGAUUCACAUAGAGCAGCAGGCCAACGGGGGAGCGUCUGUGGUGCACGCCUACAGCGAGCAGCUCUCCUGCCUGGCUCCAGCCGACAUGCAGCGCUUCGCAGAGGAGUUUGUCACCCUGUCGUUCAGUGAGGACGAGGCCCAAGCUGCGUGUUUUGUGAUGGGAAUCAUCCACGGAGCAGCGUCCUACCUCCCAGACUUCCUGGACUACUUCUCCUACAAGUUCCCCAAUGCACCAGUGAAGAUGGAGGUGCUUGGGAAGAAGGACAUAGAGACGACGACCAUGGUCAACUUCCACUCUCAGGUGAAGCGGACAUACUCCCAGGGAACAUACCGAGCCGGGGCCAUGCGGCAAGUCAGCCUGGUUGGAGCUGUGGAUGAAGAGGUUGGAGACUACUUCCCUGAGUUCAUCAACAUGCUACAGGAAUCUCCUUUCCUUGAGCGGACUUUGCCCUGGGGGACAUUCUCCAGUUUGCGUCUACAAAGCCCUACUGAGAGCGACGAUGGCCCCAUCAUGUGGGUCAGACCUGGAGAACAGAUGAUCCCUAUGGCAGACAUGCCAAAAUCACCCUUCAAAAGGAAAAGGUCUACUAAUGAGAUAAAGAACCUGCAGUAUCUGCCCAGAGCCAGCGAGCCCAGGGAGAUGCUGUUUGAGGAUCGGACGAGAGCCCACGCUGACCACAUCGGUCAGGGGUUUGAGAGGCAAACUACUGCUGCUGUAGGUGUGCUGAAGGCUGUGCGCUGCGGCGAGGACAGUGAUGCUCCUGCACGGAUCACCAAAGAUGUUGUGUGUUUCCACGCUGGAGAUUUCCCAGAUGUGGUCAUGAGGCUGCAGCUGGACCUCCAUGAACCUCCGCUGUCUCAGUGUGUACAGUGGAUCGAUGAUGCCAAGCUGAACCAGCUUAGGAGGGAGGGGAUCCGAUACGCCCGCAUCCAGCUCUACCACGAUGACAUCUACUUCAUUCCCAGAGGAGUCGUUCACCAGUUCAAAACGGUGUCUGCUGUUUGCAGUCUGGCCUGGCAUAUCCGACUUAAACAGUACCACCAACAAGAAGAGGAAGAGAAGGAGGAAGUGGAGGAGAUGAAGGAGGAGGAGGAAAAAUUAGAUCUUAAAGAAGUAGCAUUUCAAAUCAAAGAAGAGGAGGACCGUGACGAUAUAGAGGAGAUGGAGCAUGACCCAGGAGCUCAGACAGUGACAAAGCUGGAGGAAAACGAUGCUGAAAAACGGGAGGGGCUCCUUCUACAAGCUCCAGUGCAGAUUUUUAAAGAAGAGGAGGAUAACAAAAAAGCUGAGAUGAAGGACUUGUCAACUGCAGCGCCUCCACCUAUGGUCAGGAAGGAGAGAGAUGAAGAUGUAGUGAGUCACACACUAAUGGAGCCCAAGGCUGACGAAGAUGAGAAAGAGGAAGGUAAGGGAGGGGUAGAUGGAGGUGCAGGCGCACACCAGACGCUACAGAAGGGCUAUGAAGAGGGAGGAGUGGACAACACAUCCUUAAAGUCACUACAGCAAAUUAAGAAGGAGAAUUAUGAGGAGGAAGAGAGGCAGCAAAAGACAAGUCUGCCAGGUCAAGUAAAAGAGAAAAGCAGAGAUAGUAUAACCAGCACUUACAACAUGCCACCAAUCAAAAAAGAAAAGGAAAAAGGAAAGGGGAAAGAAGAAAAGGACAGGACUAGAGAGAAGGAAAAGAAAGACAAAGAUAGGAAUAAAGAGAAGGACAGGGAGAAAAAGGAGAGAGGGAAAGACAGGGAUAAAGAGAAGGACAGGAUGAGAGAACAGGACAGGGUUAAGGCCGAGGGUGGGACGCCGCUGCCGCAGAUGAGGAAAAAAGAGGACGAGGAUCGGACAAGAGAGGGCAGUAAAGCCUCUCAGACUUCCUUGGCUGCUCCGAGAGACGAGAAGUGGGCCAAGGAGUCGGAUUCAAAGACGCAGCCCCACAUCAAGAGAGACAAGGAGCAGGACAAAGACAGAGGAGGCUCACAGGCAGCGUCUCACUCCCGGCUGGACAGAGAGGAGGGGCGGGAUGGCUGCACGCAUAAACACAAGUCAUCACACGGGAAAAAGGAGAAAAGCGGACACAGGGAGGGCAGCACUUCACAAGCAAAGUCAGGGAGAGAGGAUGGAAAAACAGGCAUUACCAAGCCCAUAAGCCUUCCAGUUAAGAAGGAAGGAAAGAAGGAUAAAGACAGUAAGGAUGAGAGGAAGAAGUCCACCUCUGGUCCCUCACCACCAGAACACAAACCACCACGGACGCUCAUCACCUUUGACCUCUUUAAGCCGAUGGAGGCUCACCAAACUCUAGCCCUGUCUUUCACAGACAGUAGACCCAAAACCCACCAUCACAGUGACUCUCGAACCACUUCCUCAAAACCUGGAUCGGACAGCCGGACUGUUUUGCCCUCUAAAGGACCAAAAGUAAAGGACUCUGUGCAGGGAAGGCCUGCUGCGCCCCUGCAGGACACUCGGCCCCAACAGCACUCGUUAAAACAGCCCCUCAAAACACACACACCCCAAACACAGAAAGACUUCGUAAUAUGAAUGUCUUGAUGUCUAGUCUUCUUCUUCUUCUUUUUUUUUUUUUUUUUAAACUGUACUUACGCCAAGGCUUUGUUAAAAUAUUUGACAAUGCAUCCUUCCUUCCUUCCAACAUGAAGUGGUCUUAGAACUUGUCCACAGAUAAGCAGGACCAUUACUCUAAAUCACGUUUCUCCAGUGAAAAGAGGAUGCAUGCUCCAGGUAUUUUAGCAGUGCCUAAGAAUGUAAGCUAAGUAGCUCACUUCACGUUUGUUAGCGAAUGUACGUAGGCUCUAUAUAAAAUGUUACGUGACCUGUGUGUCAGUGCCUGUGCACUACUUAGCUUCGCUCUUAAAGCACCUAUUUUAGGUACUGGACUAGCCAAUCUGAAAACAACCAUCCUUCUUCCCUGCUUGAAGAAAUACAGUGCUUAUAUUCACUGAAACGCGAAUGUGAGCAACUCAAUGAGCUCUUUACUGAAAUCUUCUUUUCCAUGUUGGUUUAGGUGAGGGGGUUUGUUUUUUAGCACUCCAAAAUUAGAGCAAGUAGUUGUUUUCAGACUGGACUUUGUUUGACUCACAGGGCUGUAAAUGAUACUGUAUGUACCAAAACUGUACAGUAUAGAUGUUAUUAGCACCAAUGUGAGAAAAUGUAUACAGAAAUUGCAUAUAUUUUUUGUACAAGUUUUAUUUUCCAUAGAACUUAUUUAUAUCAUUUACUGUCUGUUUUUAUUUGAAACCAAUGUAUGUGAAAAUUUUGUUGUAAAUACAUUUUAUUUCCUAAGAUAAGACUUGGUAGUGUGAUUUAUACUCUGAUCAGAACCUCUCAAUAAAGAAAUACAGAAAUAUUGAAAAAUACAGAAAUAUUGGCUUAGUCAAUCAAUGUCUCAUCUGCAUUUUCAGUAUGUGCUUAUGCAUGGUGUUAUUAUGUACUGUAUGAGGAGGGGCUUUACAAUGUUUGUGGAAAAAGAACACGGUUUAAAUCACAUGGCCCUCAGCUUUACACAGAUGGAUUUAAAGGCUGUUAUCAAUGCUUGCAGAAGUGUAUUGACCUAGAUGGAGCGUAUGUUGUAAAAUAUAACUUAAA